AAAAACACGCAGCUCACCUGGCUGCUAGGAAAACAACUUUUCUCCUACACAGGUUACAACAGAUACUACAAUAAAUACAUCGAUGUCAAGAAAGGGGGCCUCGGUGGUAUCUCCAUGGUGCUGGCUGGUUAUGUUGUUGUCAGCUACAUCUGGAGCUACAGUCACCUGAAGCAUGAACGCCACAGGAAGUACCACUGA